AUGUAAUUUAGAAAGGAGAGAGUGAAACUCCAUGGCAAAACAAACUUUGAAUAUCGAUCCUUGGGUAGAAAAAGACCUGAUGAUGCAGAAAGAUUAGAGUUUCUGUCAACUGCAAGAGAAUAAAAAUUUGACGAAGUAAUUGCAAAGCGAUUAGCAGCUACAAUCUAAAAUCCUCUUUCUCAAUCUUAAGAAUUUUAUAAGAGUGCUCAUAAAACUAUAAAACAACAUCCCCAAAUAAGCAGACCUAGAAGAUUUGCUCAUCUUGAGGAGAAACCAAGACGAAAACCAGUUUGGGUUGGUGAUUCAUAUUUAGUAUACACAGAUGUUGAUGGAAGAGAAGAACAAAGAUCUAAUCAAUAUAGAUCGUAUUCAACUACGCAAAAAGCUGAUCUUGCAUAGGCCAAAAGAGAUGAGCAUGGUUAAGCAAUACAAGAAACCUAAUUAGUGGGGAUGGAGGAAUACGCUAAGAACACAUUGGAGGGCAAGGUCGACUUAACAAAAGAAAGAAGAUAUGCAAAUCGAAAGAAUUUUCAGAAGAUAUUUACACUGUGGGAUGAAGAAGGGAAGGGCAAGGUUACAGUCAAGAACAUCUAUCAUAUGAUCAAAAAAUUAGGCUUAAAUAUGAAUUUAGAUGAAGUUCGAGUGUUGGUUGCUAGUGCUGAUGAGGAUUACAGUGGAGAUUUGAAUCUGGAUGAAUUCAUGAAUUUGAUAUUUAAUGAUAAUGAGGCCUUGAAUGUUGAUUUGGGAAAGUUGAAGACUCUGAAUGGAGAGUAGGAGCAAUAGUUAUUAGAAGGUGAAGAUGAUUAAAUACAGGAUGUGUUGAGGGAGAAAAUGCAAGUGCAGGUUGAAAAUAGACAAUUCAAUUAAUUGAGUUUGAUAUUGAAGAAUAAGUUAUCUCAAUUGAAUACUUCAUUUUUGGAGUUGGAUCCAUCGAAAUAGGGACAUGUCAAUUUCGAAAGAUUUAGUGAAGCCAUUUAGAAAUUACAAAUAUCUGAGAAGAUUGUUAAUGAUGAAAUAAUCAAGAAGUUUUAUGAUAAAUUUAAGAAGGAUGAAUACUAAAUUGAUUACAGGAACUUUCUAAAACAUUUGAAGGAAUUUGAAUUGCAAAGUCAAUAUGUGUAGAAGGAAGAAAAGAAACAAAAACCCGUUAUGACAAUCUCGUUGAAUCCUUUAUAAGAGGAAGAGAAGGUGCAUAUUUUUGAUUGUACUAAAAUCAAUUCUCAUCACUUAAAUAAUCUGAGAUAAAGAGCAACAAGAAUGAUUAAGGUAUUGUAAAGGUAUCUACCUGAAAAAAACUAAUUUGUCGAUAAGAUUCUGAAUCCCCUCAAGUAGCAAUACAUAAAUGCACCAGAUCUCACGAAUCAAUUGCAAUCUUAUCUAUCGAAUUGUGGAGAGAAGAUUGACACUAAAGAUCUAGGGGCAUUACUGUCCAUACUUCAAUAUAAUAAUUUAUAAGUUCCCAAAGACAUGGUAGGGUUUUAUGUCUAUGAAGAAGGAGAUGAUGACUUUUAUGAGAGAUGCUCUUAGAAAAGAAAAGGUCCUGCACCAUUAAACAAGGCUGUGGAAUUGACUCUGCCUGCUCAAGAAACUCAAAAAUCUUCAUUCUAUGAUCCAGGAUUUGGAUUAUCAUCUUUAUCUAAUAAAUUUUCACCUGAAAUGGGUCAAAUGUUGCAAAAAGUAGAGUAAUGCAUCUUUAAAGCCAGUGCUCGACAAUAUGAUGUCUACAAUUCAUUUGAUAAGGAUAAGGAUGGUUACAUAUCUCAUGAGGAUUUAAAAAAGAAACUGUAAGAGUUGCAUAUUUUAUCAAAUAAUGAGGAAUAAUUACUCAUCCAUUAUCUGGAUCCAGAAAUGAAGGGUUCAGUUAAUUUUUAGGAGUUUUCAUCCAAACUCUAUCCUGGAAUGACAUUGUACGAUAGCAAGGGAUGUGUGGGAGUGGUGCCUUCUCUAUAUCCUGCCAAAGAAAGAAAUGAAAAUAUGAAGACUAAAUUGCCUCAAAUAACACGUUCCUUUGAAGAUACCUCGUCUAGUAUGCAAUUAUUAAAAGGGGCCACUCGUUUUGGGGCAACUCCAUAACACAAAAAUACAUUUUUAAAUGUUCAAAGGCCUCCUUAGGAUUCAGCUCUUUUUUUAAAUGAGGAUGGAAGAUUUGAAAAGAAUGCUCGUUUAAGAUAUUUGAAGGAAGAUCAAGAGAAGGAGAAGAAUAUUUAUGAGAACAAAUUGAAUAGAAUUCGAAAGCAUUAGAAUGAAAUUCAGGAGAGAAUCGAAUAGAACUAUUAAUAGUCAGUUAUAAAGGAUAAUGAAAAGUGUAAGGCCAAGGGUCUAGCAGCUUGGAGUUAUGAAUAAAGAGCGCAUAUGCAAAACGAAUGGAAAUGA